AACAAUAUAAAAAAUGCUCAUAUAGUUUUGAAAAUCUUCACUUUCGUUUAGAAAAUGUUAAACGUGUAUUUGGUAAAACAUUAUUAUCUAUUCGACAAAGGUUGAAAACAUGUAUUUUCAAAAUUAUACACAAUAUAUUUGAAAAAUUCGAAAGUGCAUGAAAAAUAUUUAUGUGCGUGUUAAAUGUACUGCACACUAAAAAAAUAGACAUGUUUUAAAAAACGAAAACCAUUGCAAAGCGAGCGUGCGAGGGACUGGUCUAAUGGGUCGGCCCGAUAUGACCUGCCACAUCAGCAAAUCCCACCCAAACAUUCUUUAAGGUUUAAUAUAAAGCGCGUCCAAGAAUUUGGAGUGCUGAGUUCAGGGUUUAAUUUAGGUUAUAUGUACAAGUUCAAGGUUUGUUUUGGACUUUUUCCACUGUAAUAUAUACUCCUGCUGUCAAAAAACCUAGCACGUCCGCGUCCACGAUGGCCGCCGCCGCCGACGCCGCCCGUCUCUCCGCCCUCCCCGACAAUCUUCUUCAGCACAUCCUGUCCUUCGCGCCGGCCAAGGAGGCCGCGACCAGCGCCGUCCUCUCGCGCCGAUGGCGUCCGCUGUGGCGCCGCACGGGCGUCCUCAACCUGGACAGCAGACACUACUCCGCCCAAGAUCGCUACGGCUGCUUCGACGUCUUCUUCCGCGACGCCAUGGCCGCCCUCGCCGCCUACCGCCGCCGUCGCGGGACGACGACCCUCAAGAGGCUCACGCUCUUCCUGACGGAAGGCGCCUACCGUCCCCUCAAGAGAUGGUACAGCGACCCCGAACCAAAAGAAGAAGUCCGGGUCGCCGCCGGCAUCCUCGCCGACCCCGCGGCGGCCGGGCUGGAAGGGCUCCGCAUCGCCGCCAAGGAGCAAAACCAGUGCGACGAGAUGUACAGCCCGCCGCUGGGCUCCCUGCCGUUCGCCGCCACGCUCCGGGUGCUGGAGCUCGAGCACUGCAACCUCAAGGCGCCGCCGCCGUCGGCGCGCCUGGCCUUCCCGUGCCUCACGGACCUCACGCUGCGCCACUGCUUCGCCUUGGAGGGGAAUCUCCAGGCCCUGGUCGACGACGCGCCGUCGCUGACCAGCCUCGCGCUGGUGAACCUUCGUCAGAUGUCGCCGGAGCCACCUGGCUCCAAGAAGAAGGCGAUUUACAUGCAUGAAGCUUUCAGCCUGCGCCUGCGCCUCCGCUCUCCGACGGUCACCGCCCUGGUGCUCGAGACACCUUAUCUCGCCUGGGGCGAGCUCGACGAUCCCGCCAACACGGGUAUCGAGCUCGACAUGCCAAGCCUGCGCUCCUUCCGCUACAGUGGGUACCCUAUCAAGCUCUCGCUCGCAUCGCCCGCGCCGGCGCUGGCACGCGUCGACCUCGACGCCACCCGCCGCGAUCCCCGCGUCCACCAGUACGAGCCCACGUCGCGCAUGCUCACCAGCUUCUCCAGCACGAGGGCGCUCAAGCUGCGCCUGGACCACAUCGAAGGCAUCCUGGCCGGUGGGGCCAUCCUGCCCACGUUCCCAAACCUCAAGCUCCUCCAAGUGCACGGCAAAUGCAAGGACAGUGACAGUAGCACAGCGGUGACCGUGGCGAGGCUGCUCGCCUCCUGCCCGGCCAUGUCCGAGCUGAGGCUCAGGCUGGAGAUGGCGUAUGACUACUGGUAUGACGCCAAGGAACACGACGGAGGCCCCUUCGGCGAAUCCAUGGACCGGUUCGAGAGGCUAGCGUGCAUGUCCUCGGCGCAUCGCAACGCGGUGCAGCUCGAUGGCGUCUCAGGGCUCCUGACAAACAGCAAGUUCAGCUGCCUGGAGACGACCCUGCGGAAGGUAACGCUGCAGUUCAAAGCCAAGGAGGUCAACUGCUUCCAGGUGCGGCUGGCCAAGUUCCUCGUGGAGAAUGCCAUGGUGCUCCAGGAGAUGCACCUCGACGAUGGCAGCCAGUUUUGGUCGGACCACCUCCGCCACAAGGUGGCGGGAUGGAGAGCCGAUGCGUUCCAGGCCAGGAACCUGCCGGACGCUGCCGGGUUUCGGGUGUACCAGCUAGCUAACCCUGUGAUAGACCCUAAGCCUAAGGAACUGUCAGGCUACCAUUAGGAUGCGCCUGUAAUAAUGAGAAAA